GACGGUCUGACGUUGGCCAUGUGGCUGAGGAAUCUCCAAACCCCAUAAUUUGAGCUAAGCUCAUUAUGUAAAAGUAUGAAGUACCUAGGUACCUAAAGCUACAUACGAAGAUGUAACCUGGUACAUGUACAUAGUGAUACCCCUCACUUACAACCGUCGCCCCGCAGAAGAUGAGCCACGAGUCAAUCUAGCUGUAGAAUCCAUAUAUGGUAACCUAGUGGUAUAAAUGAAUGCCUAGGUAGCCUUAGGUUGCGUCUAAUGUGCGAGCGGAUAUGAGAAUAUAAAAUUGUAUUAACAGGUAGAUACAUAUGUAGGUAAGUUCCAUGGUAAUAGUUAAAUAAGCUUUAACUAGGUAGGUAGCUAGAUUAGCUUACAUUGGAGAUUUUCUUUAUCAAAAACUACCCUACCUUGGUAUGAAAUUUAUUCAACUAUUUCUUCCCUGAGAACGAAACCAAAACCAACAACUAUGGGCACCCAACUUGUUCGAGGGAAAACGACCAAGAUCUUGGUCUUAAAUCCCAACUCCUCUAAGGUUAUGACUGACGGCAUGAACGUCGUCAUUGGCUCUAUAGAUUUACCAUACUCAACCGAAAUUCACACAUACACAGGCCCCGAGGGCGCGCCCGCAAGUAUCAACGACGGGAAGGACCUCGAAGAGAGCACUGCAGCUGUGCUCAAGGACUUAGAGACCUCUUAUCAUAACGGUGUGGAUUACGACGGGGUCGUGAUCGCGUGCUAUAGCGUACAUCCGCUCGUACCAGCCAUGCAGCAUGACCAUACAAAAUACCCCAACGUCGUCACUGGAAUUUUCGAGGCUAGUAUACUAGCAGCCUUAUCGGUGCUCGCAUACGGCGAGGCAUGGGGUAUCAUCACUACAGGAAAGUUCUGGGAGGAGCACUUAGCUACGGGUGUGGAUAAUUUCCUCGGUGCAGAGACAAGAAGUCCUGGUACCGAAAAUUCAAAGUUUGCCGGAGUUGAAUCUACCGGCCUGAAUGCCUCUGAUUUCCACCACGGCAUUGACCCCGCCAUCGUGAGGCGGAAGCUCAAAGAAGCAACUAAGAGACUUCUUUCUAAGGGCCGCGUUCGUUGCAUUGUUAUGGGCUGCGCGGGAAUGGCCGGGUUGGAGGACAUCAUCCGAGAGGCUGCCAAGGAAGAAAUGGGAGAAGGAUUUGCCCACUCUCAACUACAUGUUGUAGACGGCGUCAGAGCUGCCAUAAUGCAACUUGAGCAUACCAUCAAAUAUCAAAGGCUUCUGCCCGGAAAGCCAUAAUUUAAAUAGAAAAAUCGAUUUGCCAAUUUCAUCAUGUAACUGCUAUAUGUU